CUGGUACCGACAGGAGCGCACCAGUAUCCUUGCAUCACGGAUCAAGAAGAAGCAUUUAAGGCAUGAAAAAGCCGUAGGCAAGAUCAGCGCACAAUUCUUUUUCAUACCUCACACAGUUUCGCCAAAACAUGGAAUUAUGUGAAGAUGGAAUGAAUAUCAGACGGUUUCAUGAAACAAUUUGGCAAACUGGUUAUAUGUCACAGCUGGGAGGUGAUUUCAAGUUUUGGCGGAGACGGUAUUUCCGUCUUCAAGGUGGCUGCAUACACUCAUAUUCCGACUCGACACGCAGCUCAUCCUCCGUUAUUGACCUGUCCAGGGCGGUUCUUCUUGCUUCAGAGCUCACCAUUCUAGCUGACACUCGAAGUGAAAUCCAUCAUCACAGCAAAGAUGGAACCAGGGAAGUACUACAUCAACUGGAUCGACUUGCAGACGAUAAAAUAAUUGCCGCUGAUGAGCCUACCAAGCGAAAAAGUGGAUGUUCAACGCAUCUCUUAAAUGAUGAAUUAUCGUCUUUCCCCGUCAAGAACGCGUUUCAGCUGUUGUUUGACAGCGGCAAGAAGAUUGAAUUUUUCUGUGACUCCUCCCAAGAACGUGAAAGGUGGCUCGAUGUCAUCAAGGUCAUGCUCGGAAAGAUCCCCGAACCACCGGCGUGGUUGAAUAUUCAAUCGCAUGCCACGUAACGCAUUGAUACAGUGCACCAUUAUUGUACAUACUGUAAUUCACUCGAACGAUACAUAAAGAAUGU